CCGUUUAAACUAGCUUCCGAACUGGCUAGGUUAGCAUUAGCAUUAGCAUGCGUGUACUUGAUUUGAGUCAGUCGGACGACGACGAAUGUUAGAAAGAGUUGUCCACUAUUAUCUCUCCUUAAGUUUCACACGCAAGGAUCUUCGAUACCACAGGAACGGUCUGCAAUUUGGAUGACCAACUAUAGGAAGUUGACCACUCUGUAGACAAUAGCAGAUCUGACUCGCCAGUCCACCACAAAAAAAGAAACAGCAUGGACUCCUCCAAAUCCCCCAGAAGAUCCAAACACUGCCAUUCUCGCUCACGGUCCCGCUCCAGGGACAGAAAAAAGAACCGGAAGCACAGACGCAGUCGCAGCAGGAGCAAAGAGGCACGAAAGAGGGACUCUGACAAGCCGCCCAAGUCUCACAAGCACACGGAAGAGCACCACCACGAGAGACUCUCGGCCGAGGACGGAGACGAGCGGUCCAAGCGCAAGGAGAGGAAGUCCCCAAGAGGGCGGAGUUCUUCCCGGUCGCACUCCCGGGACAGGCGUCAUCACAGCAGAAGCAGAGACAAGCGACGAUCGCGAUCACACAGCCGCGACAGAAAGAGGAGGCCUCGCUCACGUUCAAGGUCCAAACACCGGCAUCAAAGCAGAAGUCGCAGCAAGAGCAGGGAGCGAAAGAAAAAACCCGAAAAGGUGCGCAGGAGGAGUCGUAGCGGGACGCCUAAUCUGGUGGUCUUCCGUGGCCGAAACACAGCGAUGGACGCACAAGAGGCACUUGCCAGAAGGUUAGACAGAGCCAAGAAACUCCAGGAGCAGAAGGAGAAGGAUUUGUUAGAAAAACGACAGCAGGAGAUUGUUGCAGGCGCUUCCCCGGUUGCUGCAGCAUCCGCUGCUACCUCAUCAAACUCCACCCUCAACGUGGCGGCCCUGUUGGCCUCCGGGACGCAGGUGACGCCGCAGAUUGCCAUGGCGGCGCAGAUGGCGGCACUUCAAGCCAAAACGCUGUCAGAGACUGGCAUCGCCGUUCCGAGUUUCUACAACCCGUCUGCCGUCAAUCCGUCAAAGUUUGCCGAACAGGAAAAAAAGAGGAAAAUGUUGUGGCAGGGAAAGAAGGAAGGGGACAAGUCUCAGACAGCAGAGUUGUGGGAGAAGUUGAACUUUGGGAACAAGGACCAAAAUGUUAAAUUUCGCAAAUUAAUGGGAAUUAAAGGUGAAGACGAGGGGCAAGCUUCCAAACCACUAAAUGAUGAAGGUAUCAAGACACUCCAAAAGCAAGAGGAAAUGUUCCGGAACCUUGACGUCCAAUACGAGAUGGCUCGAUCCCAGACUCACACCCAGCGAGGAAUGGGCCUGGGCUUUUCCUCGGCUUUUUCCCACGGAAUGGAUUCCUUCUAGCGCUGUGACGGACACCCGAUACAAACAUGGUACGGGACUUCCAGCUCAUGGCUAGCUUGCAUGGAUCAUUUAUUCAUAGAAGAUGUGUAUAUAACAAGAAGCUGAAGUCAGCUCAGCAUUCAUCAGUGUUCAGUACAUGAAGCAUCACGUUCAAAUGGAUGAUGGUACUUACAAAAUAUGAUUUUUGUGGAUUACUGU